UUACUCUGGCGGCAAGAAUUGAAAUAUAAGAAAAAGGAAAAGGAAAAGGAAAAGGAAAAGGAAAAGGAAAUCAGGAAUCAUUUCAUUACCUUUGUCCCUUUUUCUCUCUCUGCAUCAAUUAUUCAUUUCCAUUCCAAAACCAUAACCCUUCGCUCUGAAACAGUGCUCAGCACAAAGAAUGGAAGAAGCUGCCGCUGCCGCCUUGCUUCAAGUUCUAUUUGAAACCCUCAAGAAUGAGGUCUCACUUGUUCGAGGUUUCAGAAAUGAAGCACAACAGUUAAGUCAGAAUCUGGACAUGAUCCAGAAAUUCUUGAGUGAUGCAGAGAUGGGCUCCAUCCCCGGUGAGGCUGUCAGUGUCAAGAAGUGGCUCACGGAUCUCGGAAACGUGGGGUUCGAUGCUGACAACGUUUUGGAUGAAAUCAAAUACCAUCAACUCUCCAAACAAAGCAAUGCUAUGAAACAAAAGGUAUUAUCAUACUUCUCAUGCUGCCUUCAUAUUUCACGUGCUCCAAGUAUGGCUCAUAGAAUCCAACAAAUCAAUGGGAAUUUGGGGGUCAUUAACCAAAGGGCUGCCGACCUUGGCCUCGUCGGGAGACUUGCUGCUGCUGUGCCCACUUUGCCUGACGUUGCUCGUGAAACUCACUCAUUCUCUCUUGAUCCAAUUUUUAUUGGAAGAGAUGAGAUGAUGUCAGAAAUAGUUGAACAGCUUUCCGCUUGUAUCACAACUGAUGUACGUAUUUCCAUCCUUGCCAUUGUGGGAAUGGGAGGAUUGGGGAAGACAACUUUGACUAGGAAAGUCUUCCAUCUUCUCAAAGAAAAAGGAUCUGUUUGGAUCACAUAUUUGGGUGCAUGUUUCUCGAAUUUUUGAUCCACUCAUUCUUUUCAACAAAAUCCUCAAAGGAUUAACUUCUCCUGAUCAAGUCGAAAUUGGGGAUAAGGAAGGUGUUUUAAAAAAACUUGUCGAUGCCUUAAAAAAUAAAUCGUAUCUUCUUAUUCUUGAUGAUAUUUGGAAUGAAAGUGUUCUCACAUGGGAAGAAUUUAUUCAUCCCUUGUUGCGCAUUAGUUCUAUGAAAGGUAAUGCGAUUGUUGUUACCACCAGAAGUAUGGACGUCGCUUCAAUUAUGAAUCCACUUCGUACACUUGAGCUGCAAAUGUUAUCAGAUGAAGAUUGUUGGUCAAUUAUCAAAGAAAAAACUUUUGGAAAAGAACUUGAGGCCUCUGGAACUAAGAUUGCAGAAAAAUGUAAAGGUUUGCCAUUAGCUGCUAGCGUAGUAGGUGGAGUACUACUGUGUGAUAAAUCUGAAGUAAGAUGGCAUUCAAUCAAAGAGAAUUGGCUUUCACGCUAUGAAGGAAAUGAUAUCGAACGGAUAUUGAAGUUCAGUUUUGAUAAUUUGUCUCUACCGUCACUCAAAAAGUGUUUUGCAUAUUGUUCGAUUUUUCCUAAAGGUUACAAAUUUAAAACACAAACUCUGAUUGAGUAUUGGAUGGGCGAAGGAUUUCUUGAAGCUGAUGAAAGCAGUGACAUGGAAUCUAUGGGAGAAAAAUUUAUCCAUGUUCUUCUACGCAGCUCUUUACUGCAAAUUGCAGAAAGAGAUGUUUAUGGAAAUGUGGAAAGUUGUGUGAUGCAUGAUCUUCUGCAUGAACUUGCAGCUUCUGUUUUAAGAGGUUCUUUUAAGAAAGAUUAAAUUACCCGAGUUCGAUACAUGUUUCUCGAAGAAGAUUCAAUUGCUGUUCUAAAAACAAAUGAAAAAUAUUUGCGUACAUUACUGUCCAGGUAUCACAUGAAUGAUUACAUGUUCUCAAACUUUGAAUCUCUUCAUGUUUUAACUUCUGGAGGUUGGGAUGCUGAAGAGUUGUCAAGUGAAAUCAAGAAGUUAAUACAUUUGAGAGUUCUUGAUAUUGACGAAUCAUCUAUUGAAUAUCUUCCUGAUUGGAUUGGUGAACUCUUGCACUUGCAGACACGGAGAGCUUGUAAUAGUGAGUUAAAGAAACUUCCAAGUACUUUGAAGAAGUUGAGAAACUUAAGGCAUCUUUAUAUUGAGAAAGAUGUAGAGUUGUUUGCCGAGAUUGGUCUGUUAACUUCCCUCAGGACCCUAAAGUUUUUUAGGGUGGGCGACAAGAAUGGCUACAAAAUUGAAGAGCUCGGAAGUUUGAAUUGUCUCAAAGGAAAACUGCAAAUUGAUAACCUUGAAAGGGUUCAUAACAAGGAAGAGGCUAAGAAAGCAAAUCUAUGUAACAAGCCAAAAUUAUUGAAGUUGUAUUUGGGAUGGGAGAUUGGUAGAGAAAGUGACACUACAAAUGAUGAGAAUAUGUUGGAAUGCCUCCAACCUCCCUCACGUCUGGAGAAGUUGGUGAUUAAAGGAUUUGGAGGCAAAAGACUUCCAUCAUGGACUCGAAAUAUGGAAGUUGAUAAUGGACGUCAAGGUUGUAGGCUACCACUUAACAAGUUGGUUAAGAUAAGACUCUCCGACUGCUCAGAAUGUGAAGAAAUCCCAAUGUUUGGGCAGUUGCCAAAUCUCAAGUGUCUUGGGUUGUACAGAUUGAGGAAUGUGAAGUCCAUAAAUUCUUCAUUCUAUGUAUCAGUGAAUGAUGAUACACAUACUGUUUUCCCAGCGCUAGAAGAGCUGGUGUUGGUUACCUUGCCUAAGCUCACAGUGUUGAAGGGAAUAGAAUCAGUGGAUGCAAGUGCUGUCAGUGCAUUUCCUCGCCUUCAACACUUGAUGAUCGAGGAUUGCCGAGUUUUCCUUCCCAUUUCUGGUCGUCCCUCAAAUAUUUGAAUUUUCGUCGUAUUGGCAGACAUGUUUCAAACGGAAUUAACGUUGCUAACGGAGCUUUGGAUAGAUGGAGUAGAUGAUGUAGAAAGUCUCCCAGAUGGGCUAUUCUAUAGAAAUCCAAAUCUCUCAAAGUUGACUAUAAUUCAGUGUUCCAAUUUGAGAGAAAUACAAGACGGUGUAGGCACCCUCAGUUGUUUGAAAGUAUGUCGCAUAAGUGAUUGCCCAAAUCUGAAACGGAUAGGAGAUCAACCAUCACAAGAAAGUCUCAGAUCCCUUACAACUUUGUGGAUAAGGAAGUGCGAGGCUUUGCUGUAUUUUCCAUGUGAAAUGCUAGGUGUUGAAGGAUUUAAGUAGCCUAGAGAAUCUACCCGGCCGUCUCCUAAAAUCCCCCCGUUUAACACAUGUGACAAUCUCAAUUCAUGACCACUUGUUUUGUUGAGAGUCCCCCUCCUUUUAGUAGGUUGGCAUGGUUAAGCAUAGAUGCUAGUGUGGGGGGAUUAAUGGAGACUGUUAAUGGCAUAUUGCAAGGAUGCUGCAGCUCGCUUAUUCGCUUACAAUUGAAGGGGAUGGAAAGUUGGGAAAAGCUGCCGGAAUCGAUUCAACACCUCACUAAGAGUUACCUGAAUCUCUAAGGCAGUUGCGUAUACAAGAUUGUAAGAAGUUAAAGGCAUCUACCCUCUAUGGAUGCAAUGCGGCGCCUCACUGAAUUAAACUCCUUAUAUAUAGAGGGAUGCCCAGAAAUAUGUGUUGAAGCUGAUUCUCAAUGCCCCAACAUUUCCCAUAUCCGUUACAUCUAUAUUGAUGGACGCCGCAUCCAAGAUCAAAGCAGAAGGAAAGGUUCGUGUUUGAGUUUGAGUUGCUUCUAGAGAGUGAGGAGGUGAAGGAGUGUGUGCCCAUUAAUUUUCUUCAACUUGAUGUCAACAUUCUUCAAAUUCAAAUAGGUUAGGCAAUUGUCUGCGCUGUGUGUCUUUCUCAUUCCGCAAAGUGGUGGCAGAAAAAGAUGAAGCAAAGACUUGUGUUAGAGCAACGUCCAAAUUUGCUUACCAACAAACUUUGACAGUUGUACUCAUUUUAUCCCCGUUUGGUGCAUGAAAUUUGUGAAAUGUAAGGUAUUUUAAGAUGUUUGGAUUGGUUUUGUUGUUGUAAUUUAUCAAACAAGAUCCUAUGUUUUGUAGUUAUAUCAUGGUCUUUUAUCUUA